UAUCAUUAGCAAGUUGCGCAUAUGCUUCCACGUAAGUGACAGAAUACUACGUUAACAUAACCUGCGCGAGACCCACGAGCGGUCUUUAUAUACGUUAACCAGUUUUUUCGUACAGUUAAAGUUUUGCUCGUGACAGUUUACCUCUUCAAAAUGGUGUCCGUUUUAAAUACCGUCGACACCGGCCACGAGGACAUGAUACACGACGCAGAAAUGGAUUACUACGGUUUGAGGUUAGCCACUUGCUCGAGUGACAACUCGGUGAAGAUAUUUGAUCUGAAAAACGGCACUCAGAGUCUAGUUGCCGUUCUCAAGGGACACAUGGGUCCCGUGUGGCAGGUCGCGUGGGCUCAUCCGAAAUUCGGCGAUCUCUUGGCAUCUUGCAGCUACGACAGGAAAGUGAUCAUCUGGAAGGAAUUGGGAGAGUGGACGAAAAUAUAUGAGCACACUGGUCAUGAUUCCUCUGUCAAUUCUGUCGCAUGGGCGCCACACGAGUUCGGUCUGAUCCUGGCCUGUGGCAGUUCGGACGGAUCAGUCUCUAUUCUUGCAAACACUGGUGAUACCUGGCACAUGCAGAAAAUAACAAACGCUCACACAAUCGGAUGCAACGCAGUUAGUUGGUGUCCAGCUGUUGAUUCGGGUGCCGAUUCCAAUGUGACGCAACAGAGGAGCGAUCCUGUUAAGCGAUUAGCCACUGGAGGUUGCGACAACCUAGUAAAGAUAUGGAAAGAGGAUGGUGACAGAUGGAUAGAAGAAAAUAAACUUGAAGCGCAUAGCGAUUGGGUACGCGACGUAGCUUGGGCACCGGCGGUUGGCCCGUCUCGAGCCGCCUUAGCAUCCUGCUCGCAAGAUCGCAGAGUCGUUGUAUGGACUUCCAACGAUUACACUAGCUGGACACCAAACGUUCUUAAUGUCUUCGACGACGUUAUCUGGAACGUUAGCUGGUCAUUGACAGGUGGUAUCUUGGCGGUCAGCGGUGGAGAUAACAAGGUUUCGCUCUGGCGCGAGAAUUCCGAGGGACAGUGGGCAUGCAUCUCGGAAUUGAACAAAGAUCAGGGAAAUCUUAACAAUCCGGAUCAACGCGCAUUAUAAUAUCGUAUUAAAAUAAUGUAUAAAAUAAUAUAAUGAGCGUUGUGAACUAAUGCGAUUUGUUUAAUAUCGAAUAUUAUUUUGUAAAUUCCAGAAUUAGUACGAAUUAUUUACUGUUAAUAUUUGAUUAUCCGUAAGCACUUAUUUGAAAUAUAACAAUGGCGUUUACCUGA